AUGGCCAUCCCUGAAUUCAAAUCAGAAUGCAAAAUCUGCCACGAAGUCGAUACCCAUUACACGCGCGACUGUCCCCAAAACGUCUGUUUCCGCUGCAAACAGAGGGGCCACUGGAGCACGCACUGCCCCAGCAUCAAAUGCUAUGUCUGCGGUGAGACGGGACACAAAGCCAGUGCAUGUCAAAAGCAGUGCGAGGUCUGUUUCAAGACGGGCCACAAGACUGAGGAUUGUCAUCACAAGGAMUCAGGUGUUACCUUCAUACAGAAUCCGAUGAAAAAGAGGGUUAGAGAUGUCUCUCCUCCGAAGCGUGAACCGGCGAAGCGACGCCAAAUACCGAUGCCAAAAGACUUGGAGGAAGCCCCAAAGUCGGAUUCGAAGACGUCGAAGGAAUAUUCUGGUUCAAAUGCCGAGAACCUCAGCAAACCAGACACGCAGCAAAAGGUGAAAUCUCUUUUCAAGUCUCCUUCGAAGUAUGGAAAGGUACAGUGUCGUCAAAUACCGAUGCCAAAAGACUUGGAAGAAGCUCCAAAGUUGGAGUCAAAGACAUCGAAGGAGGAUUCUGGUUCAAAAGAAGAGAAGCCCGGCAAAACAGACACACAGCAAAAGGUGAAAUCCAUUUUCAAGUAUCCUCCGAAUGUACAGGUGAAGCGACGCCAAACACCGUUACCAAGAAACUUGGAAGAAGCUCCAAAGUUGGAGUCAAAGACAUCAAAGGAGGAUUCUGAAUCAAACGCAGAGAAUCCCGGCAAACUAGACACACAGCAAAGAGUAAAAUACAGUCUCAUUCUUAUCAUCGAAUUCAUCAGAAGAUGCGUCGACUAA